AAUCUAUUCAGAGAAUUUUUACUAUUGCCAAUUGUCUCGAUCAGUUAUUUGAUUAUUUCCAUAAUCAUUAUGGAGAUUAUAUAAAUCAUUAAAAGAUUCUCAGCAGGAAAAAUUUUGAAUGAAAGUGAUUUUUGGAAAUGAAAAUUUUUGCCCUCAUGUGACAAAUUAACGUACUUUGAAAAGGGCUAACUUCUCUAGACGUUUAUCAAAAUAUGACAACCUUGUCAUGUCAUAAAAAGUAGUUCUCUCAGUGAAUUAGACUUCUAUCUGCUUUAUUUGAUAAUCAGGAAUUUCACUGUCAUGCGAUGUAUUAUAUACAAAGAACUCCUGAUUUUCAUAUCGAUUUUGCAUAUUUCUCAAGAAAUUAAGGAUCUACUAGAGGAUUUACAAACCAGUGACGACAACCCUAUUGACCUCAAUGCAUUUUUCGAGGAUGUUAUAAAAUUCAAGAAGGCAUUCAAAAUGAUAAGAAGGGCAUCCGCCGAGAGCCAAGCUGACAACACUUUGUCCAGGGAUCGAAGAGAACGAGAUAUUGAUGAAUACGUAUAUGAUGAGGACAAUUUUGUGACAAGUAAUAAGAAAUUGAAUAAUGAGAAAUAUUCACCGCCUAUUAAUAGAGUCUCGUCGAUACACAAAUCAAACAGGCCAUUAAAUGAUAUUUAUCCCCAUAUUUAUAAGGACCAUUCAGAUCAACAUUACCUGGAUAAAUAUCUAGAUAAUUUCGAUAUCGAUAAGGGUGUACGUUAUCGGCGUCAAUUAGCAGAAGAUGUCGAAGUUGAUCCAAAAAGUACAAAGGGCAACAUAGAUAUUCUGGAUAGGAAACGAGUUAUCAAUUUAGGAAAUAACGCGGAAUUGAUGGAAAAUGAUGCUCAUGAAGCUCUCAUGACUAUUUUUAACCAAUUGGGACGAUCAACACAUCCAACAUAUGCGAGAAUAACCCCAGCCCCUAAAAGAGAGCUAUUUCUCUCCAAGAAUUCAGAUUUCAAGAACACCAACGAUGAACCAGUCAAUAUUGUCUUGACCACAACAGAAUCUUCAGAACCAUCUUCAACCAUAAAAAGAGAAAUAGCAGUUAAUACACAAAGGGAGAAGAGCAAAAGAGACCUAAACCUUGGUAUGAAUAAAGGCAAAAAAUGCAAAACUUAUUCCUUCGACAACAAUGACAAUAUUCCAUUCGAUCAACCUACUCAUGCUAAUAUUUUUCGAAAUAUUCUUCAACCUACACACAUUAGAAAUGCUCACGACAGUAGAUCAAAUAACUAUUUAAUGCAUACUAUCGGACAUGACGGAACUAAAGAAGAUUCCAAUCUUAUCAAUAAUUUUAUGAAAUUGAAAGAACCAGAAACUAUUUCUGAAUUGAAACGAGCUUUCAUAUCAUCUGAGUCUCUGCAAAACAUUCCUAGAUUUGUGGAAAAUAUUAUUGAUCAGGUUCAGAAGAACUAUGGUAGUGAUGAUGAAUUUUCAAGAUCUAAUUCUCAAAAUCAAUAUCGAUCUUGUAUGGACCCUGAAUACAUUCAAGAUCCUGGAAGUAUGAUUCAUAACGAAAAUUUAAGGAACAUGAUUCAUAAUGAACCUUACUACACAAAAGCAAUUAAUGGAAAUAUGAAACCAAUGAGAUUCAAAAGAGAAUUUCCAAUCAUGCAAACUCUUGUUGAUAGUAAUAUUUACCCAUCUAGAAGUUUGAAGUUCAUUGAUUCUAUUGCAGAGCCAUCUCAAAAAAAUGAGAAAAAGUUUGGUAAGAUAUAUAAUAUGAUAAAUGAAGAUGACUCUGCAAAAUAUUCAACUAUUGGAAUAGAAUUAUCCACGACAACUAGUACAUUGACCACGACAACUAGUACAUUGACCGAUACACCUACACAAAAAACAUCAGUAGAAUUAAAUGAAGACUCAAGUUCAACUUCAGAUAAGCUCUAUUCUGCAAUAACACUUCCUACAGUCCUGAUGACAACCACUCUGUUACUCAAGAAUUCAACCAGCAGUACUAAAGCCAUAAAUUAUAAUAUGUCGAUGAAUACAGAAAUGAAUCGGAUCAUAGAAACAAGCAGGACAGAAAAGAAUAACAAAAUCGAUAAAACAAAAUAUAUUUUUCAUUUGAAAGAAAAGGAAAAUUCAAAAAAUACAAAGGGAUAUAUAGCAGAUACAUUCAAUCACACUUAUGAUCCGAAAUGUACUAGGAUAAGAUAUAUGGAUCGUAUUUGUUCAUUCAGGAAUAGCAAGGCGAUGUGCAAUUCUUUAUCGAAUACAAAUACUAUCGAUCAGAAAAAUUUUGGCAUGAAAAUGAAUGGUGUACCAGAAACUAUUGAUUUACGGAACGACAAAAAUAAUUUUUUGGAUUAUUGCAACUGUAUUUGUUCCAGAAAAUUAAUGAACAGUUAUGAUUUUACCACUAAUAAACACAUCAUACAGAAGAGAGACGUUAUAGACGGUAAAGAAGAUGAUGAAAUAAAUGAGCCAACGGAAAUUAUAGAGAAACGAACGGAAUCUGAUUACGGAGAAGAGCCCGAUUUAUCCGAAGGUCAAAAUUUCAAAAAACAUUCGAAAUUGAAGAAGUACAGUAGAGUUAUGGCUCCAUGCCGAAAUUUUGAAGAUAAUUAUGAGUACGAAGAGGCACCUAUUGAAAAAAGUUAUUUUCUCGAAUCGAAAAAGAGCUGCUACCCAAAAAAAAAAUGCAAAAAAAAAAAAUUCAAACUACAAAAAACUGAUCACCAUUCUUGCCAAGUAUCAUUUAGAGAAAAACUAGCAAAAUUGAAAAAUAAACUUUUCAGUAGUCAACCUGACGAGUCAGAAAAAGCUUUGCAUGAUGAAAUUCCUUUUUUUGGUAGAUAUGAUGGCAACAUAAGGUCAGAAAGACAAUCGGAACCCACUAGUUUCAGUGAACAAGAUUAUAGUUUUUAUGGUCCUUCAAGAAGAAUAGAAUCUGCUGAUGCUGAUUUAGAAAACAAAAGACAACUUUGUGAUCCUUGUUGGAACUCUUGUGAUCCCAACACGUUUUGUUUACCUUGUCAACCAUUGCCUGACCCUUGUCAUUGUUCGUGUGAAUCGUGUUCAUUGGAUCCUUGUUCUUGUCAAUCAUGUUCUUGUGAUCCUUGUUGUUAUGAUUCCCGUGUAUGCGAAUCUGCCCCUUGUCAUUGUCCAGAAGACCUAUGCUCUAAUCGUUUGUGUAACACUUGCCACCCCUGCCCAUCAUGCCGUGAGUCAGGUCCAAGUUCUUAUAUUCUUAAUAAGUGCGAAUCAGUUUCCUGCCCUUGUGAUCCAUACGAGUCAACUCCUAAUCCUUAUCCUCAGUUAUGUAAGGAAAGUCCUGGUUUGAGUUCAGCAGGAUUGACAAAAAAAGAAUUUUGUUCAAGAGAUAUAUCCUCACCCAUAUAUAGCGAAUCAACUUCUUGCUCAUCACCUUGUAUUUAUCCUCCACUUCAAUCUUAUCCCUGCCCAACUGCUUCACCUCAUGUGAAAGAAAAUGAUAAAAUUAAUACGGAUGACUAUUCAGAAGACCACGUUGUUAGUGAACGUUCACCAGAUACCUAUUCGAAGUCAGAUUCUUCAUUUCAUAAGAGAGGAUAUAGGAAAGGUAAUGCCUUAAAUCGUCGUUGUGAACCAUGUUCAUGUCCUUAUCCCUGUUCGUCUACACCUUGCUUAUAUCCAGAUAUAUGUUCCUGCAAAUCAUGUCCCUGUGUUCUUGAACCUUGUCCAUGUUCAAAUAAGCCUUUUCUAUGUAGUUGUGAUUCUUGUGCAAAUCCUUGUUCAUGUCCUUGUUCCUUACCUUGUGGGCUUCGUUCGGACGUUUCAUUCACAGCACCAACAGAAAAUGAAGUACAUAAAAUCAGAGAACGCAACUCGGAAAUGAAUCAUCCAGAACAGUUUCCAUCGAAAAUUUUCACCUCUUCUCCAUAUUUUUGUUCACCUAAUUAUAUGCAAUCCUGCAAAGAAUCAGAAAAUGACCAAGAAUUCCACUCACAUGGUAUAAGAGACCGUUGUAUCUUAUCUUGUUGCGAACCAUUACCUUGUACUUGCACCUGUCCUUGUCCUUGUCCUUGUCCUUGUCCUUGUCCUUGUCCUUGUCCAUGUCCAUGUAUUUCUCAUCUGGUGAAAAGAGAACUAGAAAAAAAGGAUUCACAUGGCAGUAAGGACUGUUUCUUGAAUCCUUUCAGUCAUAAAUCAAACUCACAUGAUAUUGAAGACCGUUGUACCUCUUCUGAUUUUGGACAAAUACCUGAUUGGUAUUCUUGUUCUUGCCAUUCCAAUCCUUGUUUUUCUUCUUUUCGUUAUUUUGCUCCUUGUUCUAACUAUCUCAGUAACCAUCUAAUGAAAAGGGAUUUUGAAGGAUCAUAUUCUUCACAUUCUUUGAAAGACCGAAGUCUUUCUUGUCCUUCUUGUUGUGAAUUGAUGUCUGCAUUAUGUUCUCCACCUUGUUCAUGUCCAUAUUCUUGUCUUUGUUCAAGUACUUGUUUAUGUCCCUCUCCAUGUAUUUGCCCUAGUCCAUGCCCAUGUCCAUGCCCAUGUCCAUGCCCAUGUCCAUGCUCAUGUCCAUGCCCAUGUCCAUGCUCAUGUCCAUGCCCAUGUCCAUGCCCAUGUCCAUGCCCAUGCCCAUGUCCAUGCCCAUGUCCAUGCCCAUGUCCAUGCCCAUGUCCAUGCCCAUGUCCAUGCCCAUGUCCAUGCCCAUGUCCAUGCCCAUGUCCAUGCCCAUGUCCAUGCCCAUGUCCAUGCUCAUGCCCAUGUCCAUGCCCAUGUCCAUGCCCAUGUAUUUGUCCAAGCCCUUGUCCUUGUUCAUGUUCAUGUCCAUGUCCUUGUGCAUGUCCUUCAUGUCCAUGUACUUGUCCUAUGAAGAGAGAGUUCGAACACACCAAAUCAAAUGAACCCUCAAAACGAUAUAUUGAAUCUUCCAAUCGACAUGAUAUAAUUGACCGUUGUGUUCCUUUUUCCUCUUGUUGCGAUCCAAUUCUUUUACCCUGUCCUUAUCCUUGUCCUUGUCCUUGUCCUUGCCUCUAUCCUUGUCCUUCUUCUGAUUAUUACAGUGAUCAUCGAACAAAAAGGGAAUUUGAAUCUUCAAAAUCUCACACACCCAUGAAACAAUCAGUUGAAUCCUCCAGUGAAGAAAAUUGGGUACGGGGUAUAACCGACCGUUGUCUUCCUUGCUCCUCCUGCUGCGAACCAAUAUCUUGUCCUUGCCCUUAUUCUUGUCCAUGUUCUUGUCCUUGUCCUUGUUCUUGUCCUUAUUCUUGUUCUAGUGCAUGUCCUUGUUCUUGUCCAUGUUCUUGUCCAUGUUCUUGUCCUUGCCCCUCUCCAUGUCCUUAUCCUUGUCCAUCUACUUGUCUUCACAGUGAUCAUUCGACAAAAAGAGAAACCGAAUUUUCAAAAUGUCAGAAGCCUGUGAAACGAUCUGUAGGAUCUUUCAGUCAAGAAUUUUGGUCACAUGAUAUGACCGACCGUUGUCUUCCUUGUUCAUCAUGUUGUGAACCAAUCCCCUGUCCUGAUCCUUGUCCUUGUUCAUGUCCUUGUUCAUGUCCUUGUUCAUGUCCUUGUCCUUGCCCUUAUCCUUGUCCUUGUCCUUGUCCUUAUGCUCAUCCUUCUUAUAAUGAUGACCAGAAUCAUCAGACAAAAAGGGAUUUCGAAAAUUCAGAAGACCACGAGCCCGUGGAGGGAUCCGAUGAAACAUCUGGUCAAGAAUAUUCAGCACGUGAUAUAAGUCACCGUUGUCUUUCUUGUCCAUCUUGUUGUGAAACAAUGCCUUGUCCUUAUCCUUUCCCUUGUUCUUGCCCUUGUCCUUGUCCUUGCCCUUGUCCUUGUCCUUGCCCUUGCCCUUGUCCCUAUGCUUGUCCUUCUUGUUCAUCUCAUGAUUAUUACAAUGAUCAACCGAUAAACAGGGCAUUCGAAUCAUCUGAACCUCAUGAAUCCGAGGAACGAUAUGUAAGGUCAUUAAAUGAAGAUAAUUGGUCACAUCAUAUGACCGACCGUUGUCUUCCUUGUAGCUCCUGUUAUGAUCAAUUAGCCUGUCCUGUUCCUUGUACUUAUCCAUGUCCAUGCUCUUGUUCUUCUAAUUAUCAGAGUGAUCAGCUAACAAGAAGGGAAAGCGAAUCUUCCAAAUCUCAUAAUCCCGUACUAAGAUCUGAAGGAGCUUACAGUAAAGAAUUUGGGUCACAUGAUAUUACUGAUCGAUGUCUCCCUUGUCCUUCCUGUUGCGAAUCAAUACCCUGUCCAUGUCCCUGUCCAUGUCCUUGUCCAUGUCCUUGUCCAUGUCCUUGUCCAUGUCCUUGCCCAUGUCCUUGUCCAUGUCCUUGUCCAUGUCUUUGCGCUUGUACUUAUGAGUGUUCUCGUUCAUUACCUGAUUAUCCCAGUGAUCAACUUGACAAAGGAAGAACCGGAAUUACCGAAACGCAUAAACCCAUGGACCGAUCUGUAGAAUUUUCUAAACAAAGAAAUUGGUGUCAUGAUAUAACAGACCGUUGUUUACCUUGUCCUUGUCCUUGUUCUUGUCCAUCUCCUUGUCCUUCUCCUUGUCCUUGUCCUUUUCCUUGUCCUUAUUCUUGUUCAAGUGCGUCUAAUUAUAGGAGUGAUCAUAAGACAAAAAGAGAAAUCGAAUCUUCCGAAUCCAAUAAACCCGUGGAACUAUCAGUAGAAACUUCUUGUCAAAAAUAUGGGUCACAUGACAUCACCGACCGUUGUCAUCCUUGCCUCUCCUGUUGCGAACAAUUACCUUGUUCUUGUCCUUGCCCUUCUCCUUGUACUUGUCCAUGUCCAUGCUCUUGUUCUUGUCCAUUACCUUGUUCCUGUCCAUGCUCUUGUCCUUGUUCAUUACCUUGUCCAUGUUCAUGCCCUUGUUCUUGUCCUUGUCCAUGUCCAUGCUCUUUUCCUUGUCUUUGUCCUGUUUCUGAGUUUCACAAUGAUAAUCUGAAAAAGAGGGAAAUCGAAGACUCCAAAUCUCAAAAAGCCAUGGGAGUAUCCGGAGGGUCUUCCACUCAAGAAUUUAGGUCCCAUGAUAUAACCGACCGUUGUCUUCCUUGUUCAUCUUGUUGUGAAACAAUACCAUGUCCUUGUCCAUGUCCAUGCUCUUGUCCUUGUCCGUUACCUUGUCCAUGUCCAUGCCCUUUUCCUUGUCUUUGUCCUUCUACUAAUUUCCACAAUAUUCAUCUUCAAAAACGAGAAAUCGAAUCUUCCGAAUCUCAAAAACCCGUGGAACGAUCUAAAGAAUCUUCCACUCGAGAAAUUUGGUCACAUGAUAUCACCGACCGUUGCCUUCCUUGUUCAUGUUGUUGUGAACCAAUUCCCUGUCCUUGUUCAUGUUCCUGUCCUUGCCCAUCUCCUUGUCCAUGUCCAUUUCCAUGUCCUUGUUCAUGUCCUUGUCCAUGUCCUUGUCCAUGUCCUUGUCCAUGUCCUUGUCCAUGCUCUUGUCCUUGUCUUUAUUCUGCUUCUAAUUUUCAGGAUAAUCAUCUGAAAAAAAGAGAAAUCAAAUCAUACAAAUUUCUUGAAUCCGAGCAACGAUCUGUAGGACCGUUUAGUCAAAAAUUUUGGUCUCAUGAUAUCACUAACCGUUGCCUUCCUUGCUCAUCUUGUUGUGAACCAAUCCCCUGUCCUUGUUCUUGUUCAUGUUCGUGUCCAUGUCCUUGUUCAUGUCCAUGUCCAUGUUCUUGUCCAUGUCCUUGUCCAUGUCCUUGUCCAUGUCCUUGUCCAUGUCCUUGUCUUUGUUCUCCUGCCAAUUUUCAGAAUAAUCAUCUGACAAAAAGGGAAAUCGAAUCAUCCAGAUCUCAUAAAUCAGGACAACGAUCUCAAGGAUCCACCAGUCAAGAAUAUUGGUCUCAUGAUAUUACCAACCGUUGUCUUCCUUGUUCAUCUUGCUGUGAACCAAUCGCCUGUCCUUGUCCUUGUUCAUGUCCAUGUCCAUGUUCUUGUCCAUGUCCUUGUCCAUGUCCUUGUCCAUGUCCUUGUCCAUGUCCUUGUCCAUGUCCUUGUCCAUGUCCUUGUCCAUGUCCUUGUCUUUGUUCUCCUGCCAAUUUUCAGAAUAAUCAUCUGACAAAAAGGGAAAUCGAAUCAUCCAGAUCUCAUAAACCAGUGCAACGAUCUCAAGGAUCCACCAGUCAAGAAUGUUGGUCUCAUGAUAUUACCAACCGUUGUCUUCCUUGUUCAUCUUGCUGUGAACCAAUCGCCUGUCCUUGUCCUUGUUCAUGUCCUUGUCCAUGUUCAUGUCCAUGUCCAUGUCCAUGUCCAUGUCCAUGUCCAUGUCCUUGUGCUUGUCCUUGUCCAUGUCCUUGUCCCUGUCCAUGUCCUUGUCAAUCUCCUUGUCCAUGUCCUUGUCUUCGUUCUUCGUCUUCCAAUUUCCGCAAUGACCAUCUAAAAAAACGAGAAAUCGAAUCUUCAAAAUCUCAUAAACCCGUGGAACGAUCUGAAGGAUCUUCCACUCAAGAAAGUUGGUCACAUGAUAUAACCGACCGUUGUCUUCCUUGUUCAUCUUGUUGUGAAGAAAUCCCCUAUCCUUGUCCUUGUUCUUGUCCUUGCACAUCGCCUUGUCCAUGUCCUUGUUCAUGUCCUUGUCCAUGUCCUUGUCCAUGUCCUUGUCAAUGUCCUUGUCCAUGUCCUUGUCCAUGCUCUUGUCCUUGUCUUUGUCCUGCCCCCAAUUUUCAAAAUAAUAAUCUGAAAAAAAGAAAAAUUGAAUCAUCCAAAUUUCAUAAACUCGAGCAACGAUCUAUUGGUCCUUCCAGUCAAGAACUUUGGUCGCAUGAUAUCACCGACCGUUGCCUACCUUGUUCAUGUUGUUGUGAACCAAUCCCCUGUCCUUGUUCUUGUUCCUGUCCUUGUCCAUGUCCUUGUCCAUGUCCUUGCACUUGUCCUAGUCCAUGUCCUUGUCCAUGUCCUUGUUCAUGUCCUUGUCCUUGUCCUUGUUUAUGUCCUUGUCUUUGUUCUACUUCCAAUUUUCAAAAUAAUAAUCUAAAUAAAAGGGAAAUCAAAUCAUCCGAAUCUGAUAAAACUCUUCAACUCUCUGAAGGAUCUUCCAGUCAAGAAGAUUGGUCGCAUGAUUUAACCGAUCGAUGUCUUCCUUGUUCAUCUUGUUGUGAACCAAUCCCUUGUCCAUGUCCUUGUUCAUGUUCUUGUCCAUGUCCUUGCCCAUGUCCUUGUCCUUGUCCAUGUCCUUGUCCAUGUACUUGCCCAUGUCCUUGUCCUUGUUCAUGUCCUUGUCUUUGUUCGUCUUCCAAUUUCCACAAUGACCAUCUGACAAAAAAAGAAAUCGAAUCUUUCAAAUCUCAUGAGCCAAUAGAAAAAUCCGAAGGAUCUUCCAGUCAAGAAUUUUGGUCACAUGAUAUAGCCGACCGUUGUCUUCCUUGUGCAUCUUGUUGUGAAGCAAUCCCCUGUCCUUGUCCUUGUUCCUGUCCAAGUCCAUGUCCUUGUUCAUGUCCUUGUCCGAGUACUUGUUCAUAUCCAUGUCCAUGUCCCUGUCCAUGUCCUUGUCCAUGUCCUUGUCUUUGUUCUUCUUCUAAUUUCCACAAUAACCUUCUGAAAAAACGAGAAAUCGAAUCUUCCAAAUCUCAUGAACACGUGGAUCGAUCUGUAGGAUCUUCCAAUCAUGAAUAUUUGUCACAUAAUAUAGCCGACCGUUGUCUUUCUUGUUCAUCUUGUUGUGAACCAAUCCUCUGUCCUUGUCCUUGUCCUUGUCCGUGUCCUAGUUCUUGUCCUCUACCAUUUCCAUGUCCAUGGUCUUGUCCUUGUGUUUGUCCUUCAUCUAAUUUAGACAAUUAUCAUCUGAAAAAACGAGGAAUCGAAUCUUCCAAAUCUCAUAAAACCGUGGAACGAUCUGAAGGAUCUUCCAGUGGUGAAUUCUGUUCACAUGAUAUUAUCGACCGUUGUCUUCCUUGUUCAUCAUGUUGUGAAUCAAUCCCCUGUCCUUGUUCUUGUUCUUGUCCAUCACCUUGUCCGUAUCCUUGUUCUUGUCCUUAUCCUUGUUCCUUACCUUGUUCACUUCCAUGCUCUUGUCCAUGUCUUUGUCCUUCUUCUAAUAUCCACAAUAUUCAUCUGAAAGAACGAGAAACCGAAUCUUCCAAAUCUCAUAAACCCGUGGAACGAUCCGAAGGGUCAUCCAGUCAGGUAUUUUGGUCACAUGAUAUAACCAACCGUUGUCUUCCUUGUUCAUCCUGCUGUGAGCCAAUUUCCUAUCCUUGUCCUUGUUCUUGUCCGUGUCCGUGUCCGUGUCCUUGUUCUUGUCCUUGUCCGUGUCCUUGUUCUUGUUCAACACCUUGUCCAUGUCCAUGCUCUUUUCCUUGUCUUUGUCCUGUUUCUGAGUUUCACAAUGAUAAUCUGAAAAAGAGGGAAAUCGAAUCCGACAAAUCAUUCAAGCCUGUGCAACGAUCUAAAAAAUCUUCAAGUGAGGAAUUUCGGUCACAUGAUAAUUUCGUCCGUUGUCUUCCUUGUUCAUCUUGUUGUGAUCCCAUUACCUAUCCUUGUCCUUGUUCUUGUCCUUGUCCGUGUCCUUGUCCGUGUCCUUGUCCGUGUCCUUGUCCUUGUCCUUGUUCUUGCUCUUGUCCAUCACCUUGUCCAUGUCCAUGCUGUUGUCCUUGUCUUUGUCCUGCUUCUAACUUUUGCCAAAAAAGGGAAAACGUAUUUGGCAGAUCUCGUAAGCCCGUACAACUAUCUGAAGGAUCUUCCAGUCAAGAAUUUUGGUCACAUGAUAUAACUGACCGUUGUCUUCCUUGUUCAUCAUGUUGUGAACCAAUCUGUCCUUGUUCUUGUCCUUGUCCGUGUCCUUGCCCUUGUUCUUGCCCUUGUCCUUGCCCAUCACCUUGUCCAGGUCCAUGUUCUUGUCCUUGUAUUUCUCCUGCUUCUAAUUUCCACAAUGAUCAUCUGAAAAAGAGGGAAAUCAAAUCUUUCAAAUCUCAUGAACCUGUGCAACGAUCUGAAGGAUCUUUCAGUCAAGUAUUUCGUUCUCACGAUAUAACCGACCGUUGUCUUCCUUGUUCAUGUUGUUGUGAACCUAUUCCAUGUCCUUGUCCGUGUUCAUGUUCUUGUCCAUCUCCUUGUCCAUGCCCUUGUCAAUGUCCUUGUCCAUGUCCUUGUUCAUGUCCUAAUCCAUUACCUUGUCCAUGUCCUUGUCUUUGUUCUCCUGCCAAUUUCCAGAAUAACCAUCUGACAAAAAGAGAAAACGAAUUUUCCAGAUCUCAUAAACCUGUGGAACGAUCUGUAGGAUCUUCUUGUCAAGAAUUUUGGUCUCACGAUAUAACUGACCGUUGUCUUCCUUGUUCAUCUUGUUGUGAAUCAAUCCCCUGUCCUUGUACUUGUCCAUGUCCAUGUACUUGGUCGUGUCCUUGUCCAUGUCCUUGUCCAUUACCUUGUCCUUGUCCUUGUCUUUGUUCUUCUUCCAAUUUCCACAAUGACCAUCUGACAAAAAGGGAAAUCGAAUAUUCCAAAUCUCAUAAACCUAUGGAGCUAUCUGUAGGAUUUUCUAGUCGAGAUUUUGGGUCACCCGAUAGUUUUGACCGUUGUCUUUCUUGUACUUCUUGUUGUGAACCAAUCUCUUGUCCUUGUCCAUGUCCAUGUUCUCAUCCUUGUCUUCGUGCUGUUUCUAAUUUUCACAAUCAUCUAACGACGAGUGAAAUCGAAUCUUCCAAAUUUUAUAAACCAGUUGAAAGAUCUGAAGAAUCUUCCAAUCGAAAGUAUUGGUCACAUUCUAGAGCCAACCGUUGUCUUCCUUGUUCACCUUGUUGUGACCCAAUUCCCUGUCCUUGUCCUUGUCCCUAUCCUUCUACUUGUCCUUGUCCAUGUCCUUCUUCUUGCCCUUGUGCUGGUCCUUGUCCUUCCUAUAAUUCUCGAAGUAAUCAUCUGUCAAAAAGAAGAAUCGAGUCCUCCAAAUCACAUAAACCCGUGGAACAAUCUGUAGGAUAUUCCAGUGAAGAAUUUUUGUCACAUGAUAAUACUGACCGUUGCCUUCCUUGUCAGUCCUGUUGUGAACCAAUUCCCAAUCCUUGUACUUGUAAUUGUCCUUAUCCUUGCCCUUGCCCUUGCCCUUCCCCUUGUCCUUGUGAUUAUUCUAGUCGUUGUCCUUUUUCCGAUUAUCACAGUGAUCAUCGAAUGAAUAGAGAAAUUGAAUCUUCUAAAGCUCAUAAGCUCAUUAAACGGUCUGAAGAAUCUUCCAGUCGAGAUAUUUUGUCACAUGAUAUCACCAACCGUUGUCUCCCUUGCUCCUCCUGUUGCGAACCUAUAUCUUGUUCUUGUCCUUGUUCUUGUCCUUGUCCUUGUUCUUGUCCUUGUCCUUGUCCUUGUCCUUGUCCUUGUCCUUGUCCUUGUCCUUGUCCUUGUCCUUGCCCUUGUUCUUAUGCAUUUCCAUCUUUUGAUUAUCACAACAAUCAUCCGGAAAAAAGAGAAAUCCAAUCUUCCAAAUCGCAUAAACCCGUAGAACGAUCUGUUGAUUCUUCAAGUCGAGACUGUUGGUCACAUGAUAUAACCGAGCGUUGUCUUCCUUGUCCCUCCUGUUGCGAACAAAUACCAUGUCCUGGUCCAUGUCCAUGUCCUUGUCCUUGUUCUUCUUCUUGUCCUUGUCCAUGUCCAUGUCCUUGUUCUUGUCCAUGUCCUUGCCCUUGUUCUUGUCCGUAUCCGUGUUCCUGUCCUGCUUUCAAUCAUCCGAUAAAAAGGCACUUUGAAUUUCAUGAACCGAUGGAACUAUAUGAAGGAGCUUCUAAUAGAGACAAUUGGUCACAUGAUAAAACCAACCGUUGUGUUCCAUGUUCAUCUUGUUGUGAACAAAUCCCUUGUCCUUGUCCCUGUUCUUGUCCUUGUUCGUGUCCUUGUUCGUAUCCUUGUUCUGGUCCUUGCCCUUGCCCUUGUCCCUGCCUUUCUCCUUCUUCUUGUCCUUUUUCCAAUUGUCAAAUUGAUCAUCCUUCAAAAAGGGAAUUUGAAUCUUUUUCCCCUUGUGAACCCCUGGAAGGAUAUGUAGCAGCUUCCUGUCAAGAUUAUGGGUCACAUGAUAUUACUGACCGUUGUAUUCCUUAUCACAGCUGUUCCAAACCAAUGCUUUGUCCUUGUUCUUAUCAUUGUUCUAGUCCUUGUGCUUAUCCUUAUUCUUGUUCCUUUUUUAAUCUUCACAGUGAUCAUCCGACAAAAAGGCACUUUGAAUCUUCUGACUCUCAUCAACCAUUGGAACGAUCUGUAGGAGUUUCCGGUCAAGAAUAUCAGUCACAUGAUAUUACAGACCGUUGUCUUCCUUGUUGCGAACCAUUACCAUUACCUAGUACUUGUACUUGUCCAUGUUCUUUUCCUUGUCCGUGUUCUUGUCCGUGUCCUUGUCCUUGUCCGUGUUCUUGCAUUUCUCCUUCCUCUGAUACUUAUAUUUGCCCUUCUUCUAAUUACCACAGAGACUUAAAACAAUCUUCAAGUAUCUCCAGUGAACAAGGUAACUUGCAUUUCAUCGAAGAUCGUUGUCUUCCUAAUCCGUCGUGUUGUGAACCCAUACCUUUACCUAGUUCAUGCCCUUGCUCUUGUCCUUGUGGUUAUCCAUGUUCUAGUUCAUGUUCUGAUUUUCAAAUUGCGCAUCGGGUUAAAAGAAAAUUCGAAUCUGGUGAGUCUCAUAAAAUUGUGGAACCGUCUCAAAAACCUUCUGCUCUAAAAUAUUGUCUUAAUGAUAUGAAGAAGCGACAUACCAUAUUGAAUUGUGAACCAACAACUAGUCCAUUUGUUAGUUCUUGCUUUUGUCCUUGUCCUAGUUCAUGCCCUGGUACAUGCCCAUAUCCUUGUUCAUAUCCUUGUCCAUGCCCUUGUUGCAGUCCUUCUGCGAGAAAGGCUUUAGAAACCAAUAAAUUCCAUAACGUCGAGGAACGUUCUAUAAGUUCUUCUACUAAAAAUCCUUCAGAAGUUGUGAAGGAAGAUAGAUGUGCAAAUUCAUGUGAUUGUUGUUCGUAUCCUUGCAAUUCUUGUAGUUGCGCUUGUUCAUGCUCAUGUCCUUUUCCUUGUGAUCCCUUGAUCUGCCCCCCUCCUUACCAAUUUUCACCACCCUGUGGAUGUUUAUCUCCUUUCGACGUAUGUCUAUCUCCAGAUGAAUUAUGUUCAUAUUCAUAUCCUUGUUCUCCUUAUCAGUGUUCCAAAUCAUGUUCUUUGCUUUGCUCAUGUCUCGAUGCGAUUAAAAGAGAAAUAAAAACAAAAUUUCAUAGAAUAAAGAAUCGCUGUCCAUUAGUGUCAUAUGAUCCUAUUUCCUAUGCAUGCCCUCAUUCUGCUUCUUGUCCCUGUCCUAGCUGUUAUUCUUGUCUUCCAUCCUGUGAUUUCAUAUGUUGUGAGAGAUGUCGUCAUAUUUAUUUAUAUCCCUGUUCAGACUUCCAUUCACAUAUAUGUCCUUGUGCUGCAUAUUAUCAUUGUUCUUGUCCAUAUACAUUUUCAUGCAUCUGUUCUGCUCCUGCCUUAUCAUCAUGCUCCAAUUGUUAUAUAAGAAGUAUAUCUGACACUCCAGAUAAACUUCGUUAUCAUGAAAUCAGAAAUCGUUGUUCUUAUCCGCCAUGUGAUUCCCAACACCCCUUUCCUUUACUAUGUCCAUAUACUCAUCCAUAUCCCUCUUCUCAACCAUGCUCAUGUCCUCUUCUUUCUUUCAUUAUGGAUAACAACAGACAACAAAAGGAUCAGGAGAUUAAUAUCAAUUCCCAAAAUAAACGAAUGUUUAAUCCAUCAGAAUUCAAAGAUUUUGAAAGUGGAGAUCAUAAAAUUGUUAAACGCUGUUGCCCUGACUGUACUCCUUGGUGCUGUUCACAAUCUGUUGCUCUAGAACCUUGUUUUUUUGGAAGAGAUGACCGUUCUUCCUCUCAAGAUCAUAAAACUAUUAUUUCCAAGUUAGAAAAAGUUCAUUCUAGAGCAGUGGAACCGGAGUCGAAUCUUCAAGAAGAUGAUAAAUUUCAUGGAAUAACAGAAUGUUCAGAACCUCGCUCAUGCUCUCCUGGAUAUAAAUUUCGUUCAGAUAACCAAUGCUUUUAUCCUGUAUCGUGUUCCUCUACUACUAGAUCAUCAGGUGAUAAUCAUGAAGCAGAACAUCUUAUAAUGAAAAGGAGUUCUCAUUGUGAAGAUGAAGACAUGGAAAUGAGUGAUGUGAUGAAUGGAUAUAAUAAGGAGAAAAAAUUGCUCAAUAAUGAACCCAGAGGAGUACGAGAGGAUCAAAUUUGUCCAAAGUAUCAUAUACGUUCCUAUCCUCAACAUUAUUUCUCCAUUAUGAAACCGUAUCAUCAAUCUUUCACUGCUCCUGUGGAGAAACGAGAUCAAGAAACAGAAAUAUUCAAGAAUCAGAGAUACAGUUACCCAGAUCUAAUUUCUUAUUACACGUCUAUGUCUCCAGAAUGUUUUCAUCCAAUGAUCCAUACUUAUCACACAACUUGUCCAAAUGACUGCUCUGCAUCUCAUUCUAUUUUCCGUAUAAAUUCUCCUCAUAAUAUCAAAAAGCGUUUAUGUGUUCCAUUUACUUAUUUAUGGAUUGAGCCAUUUUGCCCAUUUCCAUGUACUUAUCCCGAAAUACAUUGUACUUGUCCAGAUAUUGUCUGUCCAUCAUGCACUUGUAAUUGUCCAGUCUCAUGUAUUCCAGUGAAAAAUGUUUGUAGGCAAUGCCAAAGUUCCCAUCCCAAUAUGUAUGAACCUCAUUUCAUCACAAAACGUAAAACAUCCGAACAUUCAACAGUAUUCCCAAAAAUUGAAGAAUCAAAACUUAUCAAAAUGUGCACUUCUGAAUAUCCCUUUUCUUUUACACCAAGUACUUCGUGCUCUUGCUAUUAUCCAAUAUCAUACCAGUGUUCAUUACCUGGUCUUUGUGGGUUAUCUUGCCCGUGUUAUAAAACUAACGAUAUAGGUGAAUAUUCAGAAGAAAGCGAAGAUAAAAGAUUUGGACGAUGUCUUCCCCAAUGUGACUUUUGUGAUCCCUAUUUUUGCAAUCCAUAUCAUUUUAAUUGCAAUCAAUAUUCCUGUUCCUGUCCAUGCUCCUCUAUUUGCCUUCCUACUUGUGCGUCUCCAUGUCCUUGUCCCUCCAUCUAUCCUUACAUCAUCUCUUGUUGCAUGUCUUGUAAAAGACAAAUUCGAAAUUUGCCUUCGAAUCCCAGAUUGAAUGAGCGUUGCGUUUUUGGAUUUCUGCAUUUUCCAUCUCCAUGUUCACAAAAUCUCUGCAACCCGUUCAGGACAUGUAAGAUAUGUGAUCCUUGCUCUAAUUGUAGAUCAUGUAAAUGUGGAUCUUGCGGUAAUUGUCCUUGUGAUUUUUAUAACUGUGAUUGGCCUUGUAAGCGAGAAAGUCAAAAAGAAAGCAAUCAUAGAAUCGAAGAACGAAGUCCAUGUUGUUGUUCUCAGGAUCCAUGCCGGACAAUAUGUAUUCAUUCUUAUCCUGAAUUGAGUCUACCAAAUUGUUGGGGUACCUGUUGUUGUUCUCCGUACCGAGACUGUUCUCCAACAAGUAUUCCAGGAUCAUUUCCUUGUCCCGAAGUUUGCUGUCAGAUACCCGAAUUAUGUCCACUACCCUGCUCAAGUCAUUUUCCAUACUCUCCAGUUCCUUGUACUAUAAAUUAUGGAAUUCCAUGUCCUUGCACAUAUUUGAGCAAGAGAUGCUGUUCUUCACCUUCUUCUUAUCCAGUUUAUAUUUCUGGACAGUUUUCUGAUCGUAUGAAGCGCAAUAGGCUGUGUCCAAAAUUUCUCAAUGAUAUUCCCAAGUCCAAGCAAUUACGUGACUGCCUAGAUUGUUGCACUCCUCCAUAUUGCAUCGAAUCUAUAAGCUUUAAUGAUCCGUUCUCUUGUUUCGAACCAGUUUGUCAAUUACCUUUUUGUACUCGAAAUUGUAUCUGCGGGUGUAAUUGUGAUGAAUCUGAAUCUAACCGAAUCGAACCUUAUUGUCCAGAUCCUUGUGCUGUAUCAAAACCUUGUUUCCAAUGCUGCCAAGAAUCUGACUUUCCUUGUCCUCCUUGGUAUUGGAAUUGUAAUAUUAUUGGUCCUUGUAGAUAUAAGUGUAAUAGUGAGAACACCAGAGUUCCACUUCAGAGGAGGUCAAACAUUCUUCAACCAUCAAUUAUUCUACCUUCUUCAGCAUCAGCUUCCGAUCUUAUUGCCAGUUCAAAUUUCAAAACCGAUACUGAAAAUAAAGAGAAGCGUAAAUGUCCAAAACCCUGUGAACCAUUACCACCUUGUCCAGCUUGUCCACCUGCUUGUCCAUUACCAUGUGAUGAUACUGCCAAUGACAUGUUAGUACAGAAAGCACGACAAGUGAACGAUCGUCUGAAAAAUGAAUAUCUAAGCGGCCGUUACAUAAUCAAUAAUCAAGUCAUCCCUAGAAAUCGAAGACAGUUAUCAUCAGUAGAAAAUUCAAUUCAGGCAAGACAACCGCAUCAGGACUCUUCAGACAGACAGAAUGAAGAACUGAACUAUUUGGGGAACAAUAUGAAGGAAAAUUCACCUGAUGAAUUCAAAGAACCAGAAAAUAUCUUCAAGAGUUCGAAUGACGGUUUUGAUGAAGAUGAUGUGAUUUCUCAAAUUGGAAAAAUUCGUCGUCGGAAUUGUCAAAAAGAUUGUAAUACAGAAAGUUGCUGUAGAAGUGAACUCAAUCCUGAAGAUUUCAUGCUUUUGCGUAAAAAGAGCAACAGCGAGUAUCAAGACAUGCAUUUUGCCAAAGAAAUUGUAGAAGCAAUAAUGAACAAAGUUAAUAAAAACACGAAUCUCAAAAUUAAAAUUGGAAAUGCUCUAAAUAAGAAGAGAAUAUAUGAAACAGAAAAUAAUCAGAGAAACUACGCCAAAGUUUGUAGUUUCGAAGAACGCGCAGAAUACGAAGAAGCGAAGAAUUUACUCAGAUCUGUAUCCUGCGUUCUGAAUAAAUUGGUUAAGAGACAGAUUGAAGAAAAACUUUGUGAAAGACUUCCAAGUCACCUGAAAAAUUUCUUGAAAAGAAUAGUGAGACCUCCAAAGCAUAGAAUCAGUUCACGACAUGAUGACAAAUACCAUGAAGAUACUUUUCUAUUUAGAGCAUCCUGUCCCCCUGCUAGACUAGACCCAGAUCUUAGGAGCCAACUUGAAGUCAACCUUGUCAAAUUAUUGGAUCAAUAUAAUCAACUCGAUGAAGAUUCCCGGAAGAGGGCAGCACCAUUGAAGAGUUACAUAGCGAACCAUCUCAAUAUGCUGAAAAAAAUUGAUGAUGAAACAUAUCAUACGGAAAACGCAGCUGCUAAUUCUGAGAACUAUAUGGAAACAAAUGAUAUGCCUCAAAUUCGCACGAGAAGUAAUUCUGAUGAUCUGGGUUUGGAUAAUUCAGUGAAUACCAGAAUUUCUGCCAAUAAUCUAGAUACAAUCGAAAAAGAUCUUGAAAAUAUCGAUCUUUACAAAAAAAGAAACUCGUUUCAGAAUCCCCUAUUCAACUUAAAUAAUUUUCCACCUCUCAAAAUUGAAGAAAAUAAUUUUAUUAGGCCUAAACUACGGAAGAGGAAUAUUAAUAAUCUCGUAGACAAAUUUAAAAUAUCUACAGAAAAGAAAACAGAUGAUGAUUUGUCAUCGGAUAAUUAUAAGAAAUUAGUUAAAGCAUCAGAAGAAAUACGAUUUAAGAGAAAGAAUGAUGAAAAAAUUGGAGAAACAUUUGGAAAUAAGAAAAGUGUUGAAAAUAAUCUGAAUGCCAAAGAAGAUGAAGAUGAGGUGGCAUUCGAAACACCUCUUAUUUAUAGAACGUAGUUCAUUCUGUUAUUUUAUAAUUCAUCAACCAAUCUGAUUGGGAGCAAUUUGUUCUUCAUAAUCAUACAUUAUAUUUUUUAUUUUAUAUUAUUAUAAAGUGUGUAAUACCGUU